AUGUGCCCGUCUACUCCACAUGUUCAGAUGGACGUUACGCAACUCAUCUUUCUGCGUGCAUUGCAUGAAGCAAAACAUUGUAUCACGGACAUGUACAGUGCAUGGUCGCCGAGAAGAGGGUAUGACAAGGAGCUGAUGGACAUAUUCGCUCAACUUGCACUUGGACGAGACUUGGGUUCUGCAAAUCUCGCAGCCGCUUUAGCUACGGAUACCAACAUUCAAGUACCGCUUCCUACCAUCUUCCCUUACUGUGCUGGUGUAGAUACCGAGGCUGAUCCAUUCGCGAAUGUUUUCCGCUUCGCCCAUCACCCUCUUUGGCUUUGCGCACGAGCAAUCCAUCCCCGCAAUGCCCUCCACUGCAAGCCUGGAUGCAACUCGUGGAGGAGUUGGAGCGAUGGCACCAAGAUCGGCCCCUGGGAUUUCAACCCAUCAUGGAGCUUGAAAUUGAGGAUCAGACAGCGGAGUCGCGGCAGAGCUUUCCUCUGGUGCUUUUAUGCGAAUGGAGGAGGGUUGUUCGCAAACCAACUUUAUCACACGGCCAUGCUGCUUCUGCUUCAAAAUAGGCCACGCACAGCGCGGAUCAAUCGGUUCAGCUCGGCGAUCAUGUCACCAUUGUGGCACGCGCAGCGCAUCUGCAGCAUUGCCCUUAAUAAUGAGCGACGUGAAUCCUGGGAUGCAUGCCUCUUGGCUUCCUUUCUGUCGGUGUCCCGUCGCAUGACGCACGAGUCACAGCAGGAAGAGAUUCUUUGUGGCUUCAGACGUAUCCAGAAGGUCACUGGGUGGGAAUCUGGGAGGUUAUUGGAAGACCUUCGGGCAGAAUGGCGACUUCUCGAGAUGUAG